UAUGCCGGCGAUGCUAUGAUUAUUUGUUUUCCCAUACUCCCAUCGAUUGCGGAGACGAGAUCUGCCCUUGCUUUGCGAGCAGCUGCAUGUGGACUGGAGUUAAUCACCAGUCUAGGUGCUUACACCCCUCAGCUGGGAGGAUAUGGAGAUACUUUGAUCGCCAGUGAUGGGAGGAAGAAAAAACAUGAGAUGAUUAGGAGAUUGCGGCCUUCCAGCCCGAGUCUUAGCAAGGAAAUCAACACGGACAGGCAUUUGAGUGUUCUGGUCGUUGAUGAUUACCUGAUCAACCGUGUGGUCCUUAGGCAAAUGCUCAUCAAGCUUAACUGUGAGGUUAUGGAGGCUGACAGUGGGAAGGAGGCAGUCGCAGCGAAUACCAAGGAACAGUUUGAUGCCAUCUUCAUGGAUGUACACAUGCCUGUGAUGGAUGGGUGUUUCGCAACCCGACUUAUUCGACAGAGCAGUGAGUCCUCAAUUGUUGCCUCCUGGGUGCAAUUCAACUUCUAUGUCAUGUGAAGGCAGACCCACAACUCCAGUCAUCGGGGUAUGUACCAAAUCUGACGAUGAUCUGAAGGGACGGUGCCUGAUUGCUGGCAUGGAUCAGCUCCUUGUGAAACCUUUGGUUAUGUCAGAGCUUGUUGCGGUUUUGAGAGGUCUGAAGUCUGUUCGUAGUAAUGAAACCAGCUCUGACAGCUCUCGUACGGGAACAACAGCAGUUACCGAAAUCGAAAAGGGGAUUUAUAAGCAGAUUGACCCACCUAAGCAUUCGAAACACAGAAACAGCAACGAGCUCAUGCACCAGUCUGCAGCUGCGGUUCCGGAUGCACCUGUUAUCCUCACAAUGAAAGUUCUUGUAGGAAUCGGCCAGGUUGGCAUGGUGAGUGUUGGUGGAGGUUUGCAAAUGCCUUCUGGAAAGCCUCGAUGGGAGUACUUUAUGGUAGACUUGCCAGUGCCUCCCGAUAUCGAGGCUCCCCUAAGUCGGAAGCCCUUGGAACAGCUUCGCAUCUGUGAAGAAUACGCGACUCCUGGAAGUGUAAUCUUAUCUCCAGAAGUCUGCGCUCUUUGUCAGAAGGAUUGUAAAUGGGAACUUUUGGCCGAUGGAUUUGCCCGACUUGUUUAUGUUAAAACUCAUUCGUAUGAAAUACCUCCACCAAGGACUCGUUUUGAUGUCAGUCGGGUCCCGCCUGCCACUGUUAUCCUGAAAAGGUACCUACCAGACAUGUUAAGAAGCAAAUUUGAAGCUGUUUCUGCUAAGGACGGCGGUGCAGCGGGUGCCAGGCCUGAAGUUCGACAUGUGACAUGUCUCUUCCUGUGCUUCCCUGGAUUGUCAAACAUGAGAGGCAACAACUCUGAUCUCCUGAACAAUGUUCAGAAGAUAAUGGUUGCUGUGCAGAGGUCCCUCCGGACAUUUGAUGGCUUGCUCGUUCAGUUCAAAAUGGAUGAAAAAGGGUAUGUGAUGCUUUGUGCAUUUGGUCUUCCUGGAAAUUUGCAUGAAGACGAUCCUAAAAGGGGUAUUCAGACAGCACUAGAAGUUCAUCAAAAUAUUACAGCAUUGGGUCAAACGACCGAUAUCGGUGUUACAACAGGAAAGCUUCUAUGUACAGUUAUUGGAGGCGAAAAAAGGCGCGAGUACACAGCUUUUGGAAACUGCAUCAAUCUAAGUGCAAGGCUCAUGAAAAAAGCAAACAACGAGGUCCUCAUUGACUUGGAGACGUACAAUUCGACAAGUGGCGAAUUUGUAGCCGAGCCUCUACCUCCGAUGAAAGUCAAAGGCAGAACAGGGCUAAUUCAUGUAUACCGUGUAGUGAAGUAUAAUGCAGCUGCAGGUUCUGUGAGCCCCGUGAGACGCUUGUCCGAUGAAGUUGGUUUUACUUCUGCUCGUGCUUCGAUACAGGUUGAACUAACGGCUGACAUUUUUGGGAGAAAAACGGAAUUGGACUUGGCCAUCUCUAAGAUUGAAGCUUUCAUCACUAGGUCUUCUACCAUUGAGGCCCAUAAAGUGAAAAGAGGAAAGAGUGAACUAUCAAACAUAUGUGAAGUGCAACUUAAGGACGCUGAAAACAAUGAGAGUAAUUUGACCAACGAAGAAUCUGUCAACGUCACAGACAGUUCAUCAGAAAUUACUCCAUCACUCGAGGAGAUUUCGUUAUUAGCCGAAGAUGUUACGUGCUCUGCUAUUGUCAUAAUUGGACAAGCAGGCAUUGGGAAGACGAGGUUGAUGAAGGCCAUCGGUAUGCGCUUAUUGAAGCACCGCGUUGAGAUCAUUGGCGUAGGUAGUGUGAACAGCAACAUGUUGGUAUACGGAGUAUGGGGGAAGCUGCUUCUGGAUCUACUUCCUUUUGAACCAAUUUCUUCUCCAGAGGAGAGAGGUCUCGUUGUCUUGAAAUAUCUAGAUCCGGACUUACAUGAACAUGCACAUUUGCUGAAGGAUGUCAUGAAAGUCCAGUUUAAGGAUGCUAGUCUUGAAAAGAAUGUUCAGAAAGAGCCGAAGAGAUCACAUAUGUUAAGGCGGACAUUCAGUGAACGAAGAGCCCCGAAGGAAACAGGAAGGAGGGUUUCGUUCAUGGCCAAAGUAGCAGCGCAGGGAGCUCUAAUAAUUGGAGGAAAGAGUUCACAACCAGAGCAAAGCGUACUAGAAUCACUAUCGCAGACACGCCCAGCUCUUGAAGGUGGUUCUGGAUCCGAAAUGGAUCCCAUGCAUUCCACGGAUGCAGAAGAUGAACGAACUCAGGUGACCAGCUUAUCAGGAAGUUCUAAGUCGUUAAGUACAGAAAGCGCGACUUCCAUCUCUGAUACUGAGAAUUUUGCAUACAGUGCAGCACAGAGACUUUUAGUUGAUUCUGCGGUACUAAUGUCUAGACGAGAUUCUGAGGUGCUUUCCCCUGAUACUAGAACACAAAGUCCAUCUAACUCACCCGGCGAUGAUAACAUUGAACUUGACCUUCGAGCGGCAAGAAGGCGAAGUUCAACAGACUCGCACCUCAACAAAACUACUUCACCCGAGGUCAAGAUUCAACGACUUGGAAAGUUGUUGCUAAGUCUGCUUCUUGCAGCUGCCAACAAGCCUCUUGUGAUUUUUCUUGAGGAUGCACAUCAUAUGGACUAUCCUUCUUGGUCAGUGUUAAGAGAACUGAGUGAGCAGAAGAACAGUGGUAUUCUGGUAAUUGCUGCUUGCAGGUUUUGGGGUGUCCAUGCUCCUAAGGAUUUUACUGCACUUGUGGGGGCUCAGUCCACUCUCCAGUUGCAUUUGAGGGAACUCGAUGCCGAAUCGACAGAGGCUCUGAUCAAGCACCGAAUUUCCAGUGCGUUAAAUGCCGAAGUAGACAUACCUCGCCACGUGUUGCAAGCAGUCUCACGACGUACACAAGGACAUCCGCUGUUUAUUGAGCAAAUGGCUAUGGCUUUAGUGGAGCAGAAACUUAAAGCUUUAUCUAACUCUCAAGAAGAAAGGAAGAAGGCUCUCCAAACACUCAAUCUUGAUAAUUUCAACUUCUCUCAUUCCAUGGAGGCUCUUAUUACCUCGCGUGUCGAUCUUCUUGAACCAAACCAGGGUCUGGCCCUGAAAGUGGCCAGUGUAAUAGGACUUUCCUUCUCUCCGGGCUUUCUUCUAUCUAUUCUCAACCGGCAACUGCAAAGGGAGGAAGUUGCAUGCCUUAACAAGGAACAGCUCGAAGUUGCCUUGCAAGGGCUUGAGAAGCUGAACUUUAUAUUUCAAUCAGUUCUGGAUGCAGGAUGUAACUAUUCUUUUGCCAACUCGGUAACGAAGGAUGCGACUUACGAGAUGCUGCCAAUAAAGCAAAGGCGUACAAUCCACGCUGAAAUAGCUCAGGAGCUUCUGAAGCUAGGAACUAGUGGAGCGCGGUGUGUCACUAUUGCCCAGCACUAUACGAUGGCUUGCAAAGAUGUUGAAGAGUUGGAGGUUGACCUCGCUGCCAUCGCCAUUGAUCAUUGGCAGGAAGCAGCGUCUAGUGCCAUGUUCAAAUUUGGUCAGUAUAAGUUGGCAAUCGAGUAUUACCAAAACGCAAUACAUCUCGAGAAACUUGCUCGUGCUGAUAUACAUCCGCAGCGGAUAGCAAGGUGGCAUUUUUACUUAGCAAAGGCGUAUGGUGCAUUGGGCGACAUGGACAGCAGUUUGGAGAACACAAUCAAGUCUCUUGAUUACGCAGGGGAGAACUCAAGUGACUUUACCAUGCAGCAGCAAACGUCCGCUAGUUGUUCGGCCAGUCUUUUGGCGAGGAUCUCAUCAUGGAGGUCGGAGUGUCAGAGUGGUAUACUCAGUUGGCUUGCUACAAUAACAGGCAACACAGGCAACGAACAAGUGCUUUUUUUCAGAUGCGAAGCUCUGGCCCACCUCUCACAACUUGCUAUAGUCAAGGAGGAUGUCACAUCUUCCAGAAAAAUCAUCAAGCGGUACCUCGCAGUAGCCAACGAGGUCAGCAGAAUUCAACCUCUCGAGCUUGCCCGCGCCUACUCCAUGAGUGCUAUAGUUUCGAUGUCUGCUAUCAAGGCUAGAUACAAAGCUCGAAAGAGUUAUGAAUUUUUACAACUCCAUGCCGGGAGUAUACGUCCAGCCGUCCAAGCCGGAGACAUUCACUUCAAUCUCGCAAAACUAUGUCAAUUCCAAGGCAAGUGGCUGAAAGCAGAGAGACAUGCAUCAUCAGCACAACGGAUGUAUGAAGCAAGCCAAACUCGAAGAGAGCUUGAUGUGUGCCGGUGUAUUAUAGGUCUGGGACAGUUGUACCAGGGUCAGCUUGAGACUGCUCGUGAAAUGGGCAUGAGAGUGCUCGAAUAUCGCCAUGAGCAUCCUCAACUCCUUUACUGGUCUACCUAUCUCGUAAUCGCUUGUCUCAACACUAUGAGACGUUUCAAGGACUCCUCUGAUGUCUUUGCCCGAAUAAAAAACUAUCCUUGCCCCCUGCUCACCUUGACACUCCAGGCAAAAGCGCUCGGCUGGUUGUCAGCUAUGCACCUGGGUGAAGCUGAGGCGACGAUUAAGGAUGCUGUAGCCUUAGUUCCACGGUUAUUGGAAAUAGUUCCUCUUACUCCAGCGUUUCCCUUGGCUUAUGCUUCAGCUGCGGAGGUAUUGCUUAUGUCACUAGAAAAUAAUCAGGUGCUUGAAGUUGAAAGGACCGUUAAGGAGAGGCUUGUGGAGUGUCUGGUGAAUUUCUUCAAGACAUCAUCUGCAAGAAUAGAAAUAUGCGGCCCAUUUUAUAUGUAUUAUCAAGCUCGCUUGGUGCUUUUUAGAGGAAACAACCAGAUGGCUCUAUCGGGGUUUGAAGGAGCAGAAAAGGAAGCUCUGAGACUGAAAAUGUUGCCUCUAGCAAGUUUUGCUCGCGACGGGUGUGAGAGCUGCAUCUUUCGCUCAAAUCAGCGUCCUUGAAGUGCCUGUUGGAAGACAAGAUAAGCGAGUCAAGUGAAUUUUGCGCCAGGGAGCGGCAAAACUUUUGUGCAAACUUCCAGAUGAGGGAAAUAUUAUGAAGGUUUUUUUAACGAAGUACAGUUUAAUUCACAUUGAGAUGCAAUUUUCAACAUAAUCACCAUUCACUCCAGGCACAUUAAUUGAAGGUUUUCUAUUAACUACAUAAAUAACUAAUUAUUCAUAAUAAAGGGGUUACUAGAGUACUACAAGCUUCAGUUACUAUUAGGGCUUUUAUAAUAAAGGCUGACUUUCGCCAUAAUGCAGGAUUGCCCUUACGCGGCCAACGAACUCAUACUAAUGCUAAGACUUGUCGCAAAUUAAGAUACGUUUCGAUUAGAAGUUGAUAAAAAAUUUAUAUUUUUUUUUUCAGUUUGUACAAAAUAUCUUUGUAAUUAGUAAACGGAUUAGAUGGAUCAUAAAAAAACAAAAUCGAUGAUAUCAAACAACACCAAAAACAUUCAAUAAACACUUAUGCAAAAAAAGCACGGUAUUACUAAUAUGCAUAUAUAUAAAGAAAUGAGGUGAAUACCAUGGGCUUUUGAAGUUCUCAGGAAUGGAAAGUCCAAACUGUCUGAAAACAUUGAACU